GAGCCUUCCGACCGGAGUUGGCAUCAGCGUUUCGAGUCUCGAGUCUCCUAUAACUUCGAAGAGAAACCCCCGAUAGAAAAAUAGUUCAAUCGACAUGAGGGCGUCACCGGUUAUCCUCGUAGCAGCGUUCGUCGUGCUGGCCACGACGGAGGUUUACGGCAAAGCUCUGCUUGGAGUCAGCGGCGGCGGCAGCGGCAGCGUUGGUGGCAGUAGCUGCAGUUGCGGCGGCGGAAGUGGCUGCGGACACGGUGGCGCUGGCGGCGGCGGUCAGUUGCUCGUAGUGCAAGGCAGCGGUAGUAGCAGCGGCGGAAGUUGCGGUGGUAGCAGCGGCGGCGGCGGCGGCGGCGGCGGCGGAGGUUGCGGCGGAGGCUGCGGCGGAGGUUGCGGCGGAGGUUGCGGCGGAGGCUGCGGCGGAGGCUGCGGCGGAGGCUGCGGCGGAGGCUGCGGCGGAGGCUGCGGCGGAGGCUGCGGCGGAGGCUGCGGCGGAGGCUGCGGCGGAGGUUGCGGCGGAGGUUGCGGCGGAGGCUGCGGCGGAGGUUGCGGCGGAGGUUGCGGCGGAGGCUGCGGCGGAGGUUCCGGAGGAGGUUCCGGAGGAGGCAGCUCCUAUAACUCCUACGGAACCAGAUAUAGUGCUAACUCGGUCCAGGUGAUUCCAAUUCCUUCGGGUGGUUCCAGCUGCGGUGGCGGCAGCAGCUGCGGCGGCGGCAGCAGCUGCGGCGGCGGUGGACACACCUCGGGAGUCGGAGGAUCGAUAUUCAAGAAAAUAUUGGGAUGAAACAGAAUCAUACAAUCUGUCGAACCUAUUCCUGGAAAAAAGGCUCUGAAAUCCACUGUACAUAUUAAGGGCUCAGGCAUCACUUCGCGAACAAUAAAUUAUUCCAUAAUUUUCAUCGUAA